AUGGCGGGUGGCAAUAACAAAGACGGGAAGAAGAAGAGAGUGCUCGUUGUUGGAGCUGGGGCAGCAGGAAUGUCAUGUGCUCACCAUCUUUCUGAACACCCGGACAAAUUUGAUGUUACUCUCAUCGAUGCAGUAGAUUACUGCGGAGGCCAAGCUUUUUCUAUUGGACUCGACAAGGAACGGCAUGGAGCAGAGUGGCUCAACCAAGGUGUGCAAGGUGGAAGUUACAUCUUCCACCAUACCAUGACUAUGUUUGCGCGACAGGGCCACCACGCGGAUCCCGUUAAUCUCCAAGUAUCUUUUGGGAAAGACGACAUCUUUUGGACAAAUGUAUUCCCAACCGAACUUCUCGCACGGCAUCAGAAAGAAAUUAGGCGGUUCAACACCAUGCUCAAGAUAGUGCGGUGGUUCGAGCUCUUUUUCGCAUUGAUACCGAUCAAGAUCCUCUUCAAGAUGUUUUUCUUUUCCGAGGAAUUCACCAAUACUGUCGCCAUGCCCAUGAUAGCGCUUUUCCUCGGCACAGGCAACGAAACGCCCAAUGUACCCAGUAUCAUUCUCGAGAGGCUUUGUACGAGCCCUACGUAUGGCAUGUGGUAUCCGGCAGAUAAGCACAGCGUUGUUAGCAAUCUGCCGCCCAUGGUCGUGUUUCCAAAGUUUAGCGAGUUCUACGAGCGCUGGAGGCAGGAUCUACUCAAGAGAGGUGUGACUGUUAGACUUUCAACGGAAAUCACGAGAGUGGUGAAGCGGGAUCAGACUGGUGUCACUGUUCGAUUGAUCAAGCGCACGCUCAAGCCCGAUGCGCAUAAUCCCAAUAGCGUCCACGUUCCCUACGAUAACGAGCACAAUGCCGAUUCUGAUGCUGAAGAGAAAGAAGAGCACUACGACGAUGCCGACACCGCAAAACGCAUCCUAGCACCCACAGCCUCUUUCCGCGAAAAGCAAGUCCUCGGCUCCGCCAAGUUUUCCGACGAUAUCACCGUCACGCACUGGGACACGGCCUACAUGGAAAAACACUACGAAAACUUCUACGACCCCGCCAAAGCCGUCUCUUCGCUAUCUUCCGUCUCGCAAACCUCGCGCAACGAUUUCGCAGAGAAGAACUUCAAGCCAAUGUACUACAUCAAAAUGUACCCACAGGACCUGUCUAAACUCGAAAUGUGUUUCGACUGCACCAACUACCAGUCCCAGUUCCCACCUGAUGUUCCCUUUGACAAGCAUGUGUUCCAAACGAUUUAUCUCAACAAGGAAAGAGAUGGCCAUCUGUGGAGUAUCGAUGAGAUUGACAAAGACAAAAUCAUCAGAAAAGACUGGUGGCACCAGCUUUGCCACUCUUGGACACAUUACCUCUUUGUAGUCCCCUGGAUGUGGGCGCUACAAGGACGCAAACAUACACGCUUCGCAGCGGCAUGGACGCUGAUAAAUGCGCAUGAAGUCGCGGUUAUGAGCGGUAUUGCUGCUGCCGUUGACUUGGGUGCGGAUUAUCCCGAGGACUUGGAACGUGACAAGUUUGCGUUCUUGAGCUUUAGGCUGUACUACUUGCUUGCAUAUGGGAAAUGGUAUCGCAGAAGAGCGACGAAGAAGAACAAGGAGGGGCCGGGAAGUGAGUGGGCGAGUGGGCUGUAUGGGAGUGUAUAUAGAGGACCAGGAGUUAGUGAGGUGGAGAGAAGGCAGUGGAGAGAGGAGAACGAUGUGCAGGGAGAGCCGGUAAAGAUGGCCUUCCCUACUGAUGCAGGUACUAGAUAACAUGGUAGGUAGGAAAAUGGGUGUUGGCAGUGGAUGAGGACUUGAUGAUGAUCUUUGCCAUUCGGAGGAACAAUAUAUUAAUCUACC